GCUUCCGGACUUGCCGUAGUGUUGUUCGCGCGAGUUUUGGAUUUGGUCUCCUGAAGCUUGAAGCUUCAAGAUGCUUCUAACCCCGGAGAGAGCUUGCUGAGAUUCGUUCCUGGAUGUCUUUCAGUGCUCGUCGUCAACACUUUUCCUGGAAUUUCGACUAGGAAACGUUUGGCGAACGGGUGUUCUUUCAGACAAGUUGCUAAAGCCAGCGAUUGAUUAGCAACAUGUGAAACCUUUACAGCUUAGAAAAUUCCAGAAAAUGAGGAGGAGUUUUGCUCCCAGUCAGGUUGCUAAACGGAAGCUAACAGGAGACUCUAGUGAGAACGAUGAUUGGACUACAACAGCUGAGAAGAGGAGAAAAGGAGAUGAGAAGGGGGGAAGCCAGAGUUUGCCCUGCAGGACGCCUCUGGCCCAGUUGAACACCUGUGCAGGUGUUCUGGAUGUCAACAGACAUGAGGCCUUUAUUAGAAGUAUUCUGUCCAAGCCUUUUAAAGUUCCUAUCCCCAACUACACAGGCUCUCUGGGAAUCAGAGCUCUUGGUCUGAAACGAGCAGGCGUCAGGAAAGCUCUCCAUGAUCCAUUUGCAGAAGAUGCGUUGGUUCUUUAUGAACCUCCAGUUCUGAGCACCCACGAACUGAUCAAAGCUGAAAAAGAAAAGCUUCCAGUUCAUGUUGUUGUGGAUCCAGUUUUAGGAAAAGUGCUCAGACCCCAUCAGAGAGAGGGGGUGAAGUUUCUGUGGGAGUGCGUGACGGGCCGGCGGGUCCCAGGCUCGUACGGCUGCAUCAUGGCUGAUGAGAUGGGCCUGGGGAAGACCUUACAGUGCAUCACCCUCAUGUGGACCUUGCUGCGGCAAAGCCCUGACGCCAAGCCUGAGAUAGACAAAGUCAUUGUGGUUUCACCUUCUAGUCUGGUUCGCAACUGGUAUAACGAAGUGGGAAAGUGGCUGGGAGGACGUCUGUCACCAGUGGCCAUUGAUGGAGGCUCAAAGGAUGAGAUCGAUAGGCAGCUGGUGAACUUCAUCUCUCAGCACGGUCUAAGAGUGCCAACUCCAAUUCUGAUUGUUUCAUAUGAGACGUUUCGACUGCAUGCUGAUGUCCUUCACAAAGGCAAAGUGGGCCUUAUUAUCUGUGAUGAGGGCCAUCGGCUAAAGAACUCUGACAACCAGACGUACCAGGCUCUGAAUGCCAUGACUGCGCAGAGGAGAGUGUUAAUAUCAGGCACUCCCAUCCAGAAUGACCUCCUGGAGUACUUCAGCCUCAUCCACUUUGUUAACGCUGGAAUCCUGGGCACAGCCCAGGAAUUUAAAAAGCGGUUUGAACUUCCCAUCCUGAAGGGCCGGGAUGCAGACGCCAGCGAUAAAGACCGACAGGCUGGAGAAGUAAAGCUCAGGGAGCUCAUCAGCAUCGUCAACAGGUGUCUGAUAAGGAGGACGUCGAACAUCUUAUCCAAGUAUCUUCCUGUGAAAAUUGAACAGGUUGUGUGCUGCAGGCUGACUUCUCUGCAGACAGAGCUCUAUAAACGCUUUCUGAAGCAGGCCAAACCCAUUGAGACGUUACAGGAGGGAAAAAUAAGUGUUUCCUCGCUGUCCUCCAUCACAUCACUCAAGAAGCUGUGCAACCACCCGGCUCUCAUCUAUGACAAGUGUGUGGAAGGUGAGGAGGGCUUUGACGGGGCUCUGGAUCUGUUUCCUCCUGGCUACAGCACCAAAGACUUGCAGCCUCAGCUCUCUGGUAAAAUGCUAGUCCUGGAUUACAUUCUGGCAAUGACUCGGUCCACUACCAGUGACAAGGUGGUGCUGGUCUCCAACUACACUCAAACUCUGGACCUCUUUGAAAAGUUGUGCAGAAACAGAAGGUACCUCUAUGUUAGACUGGAUGGAACAAUGUCCAUCAAGAAAAGAGCCAAAAUUGUAGAAAGAUUCAACAGUCCACAUAACCCUGAGUUCAUUUUCAUGCUGAGCAGCAAAGCUGGAGGAUGUGGUCUCAAUCUGAUUGGUGCAAAUCGCCUGGUGAUGUUUGAUCCCGACUGGAAUCCGGCCAAUGACGAGCAGGCCAUGGCUCGGGUGUGGAGAGACGGCCAGAAGAAGACCUGCUACAUCUACAGGCUGCUCUCGACGGGGACCAUUGAGGAGAAGAUCCUGCAGAGGCAGGCCCAUAAGAAAGCUCUGAGCAGCUGUGUGGUGGAUGAGGAACAGGACGUGGAGCGUCACUUCUCUCUGGGAGAACUCCGAGAACUUUUUACUCUCAACGAAGAGACUACCAGUGACACACAUGAGAAGUUUCGCUGUCGUCGCUGUGUGAAUGCCAGAGAGGUACGGGCCCCUGCAGAAGAUUCUGAUUGUACCAGUGACCUUUCCCAGUGGAACCACAGCUUUGACAAAAAGGGCCUGAAGGACCAAGUACUGAAGGCGUCCUGGGAUGCUGCUGUCUCCUUCGUCUUUCACCAGCGCUCUCACGAGGACCGGCGGAUGGUGGUGUAGCAGCAGGAGCCCAAAUGGCUGUAUAGCUAUAUCUUCUUUGUAUACCUUUAUUUAUGUCUGUAAAUAUAGAAGCUUUUGUUUGUUUAAAUAAAAUU